AUGGCUGGCUCUGGCUCUGUGGGGGUCUUCUUGCAAAUUCUGGCCCCGAUGCUCCUAAUCCUGGCCCACUUUGGGGUCCCCCAACAGGCAGAGGGGUGCCUGAAUUGUGGGGCAGAGUUCAAGAACCUGAGGGCCCGCUAUGUACGUCUCUGCGCUCAGUUCCAGAAGCAAUACCCCCGGGCCAACUGCACCAAAUACCCCUGGGGAUGGAAGGCCGUCCAAGGCUUCGCUUUAGACGAGGCAUCGCUGGAUAUGCUCCUGGAAAAAGCGCAUCGAGUCUUUAGAGUUAUUGCUCUGUGUCCUCCUACCUGCCAGGCAUCCACCUCCAUCUUCAACUGCUCCACCUGUCGCCGGGCGGAAAUACCUUGCUGGGAUUCGAAAACCUGCUACCCACAGCGAAAAGGCCUGAUAAGGGUGGUCAUGAUCGUGGGCUCCAUUUCCGGUUCCUUCUUCAUCCUCGGAUUGGUUUCAUGUGCUGUGGAGUAA